UUUCAAGCUAUAUCAUGGCACAAGUAACACUAUUGGUGUGUCUUCUUUUGAUCAAACAUUUUAUACAAAUUCAAGCGUGCAUGAGCGGGCCGACAACAACCCCAACGCUCCAAUCAAGAUCUUGUGGUCAAAAAGGACGUGGUUUAAGUGACAAGGCCAAGAUCGUUGGAGGUCAGAAUGCCUUUCCAGGCGAAUGGCCAUGGCAGGUCACUCUUAUGGAUGAAAAGGGAAUAUUCUGCGGAGGUUCUUUGGUAUCAAAUCAAUAUGUUAUUACAGCAGCUCAUUGUUUGAAAACUUCUAACUGGAGUCGAAUAAAGGUAAGACUAGGAGAACACGAAAUAUGCCAUUAUGAGGGAAAUGAACAAGACAUGGAUAUAAAGAAAAAUGGAAUCACCAUUCAUCCUCAGUACAACAAAAAGACAAUUGACUACGAUAUUGCAAUUAUUGAACUAAAGGAAUCAGUCAAUUUUACAAAAAGAAUAAAACCCGUCUGCAUUAACACAGGACUUGAUUUUACUGGACAACGCUGUUACAUUACUGGUUGGGGAACACUUCAAAGUAGAGGAUUGUUUCCAAAGGUCUUGCAAGAAGCUCAAGUUCCCAUUGUGACAGCAGAAGAAUGCAAAAUAAUUUACAAAAGCACGAUAACAGAUAGAAUGCUCUGUGCAGGGUUUCCACGGGGAGGUGUAGACACAUGUCAAGGAGACAGUGGAGGUCCACUGGUCUGUAAACACCGUGACGGUGCAUGGUAUCUAACUGGUAUCACAAGCUGGGGACGAGGUUGCGCAGUAUCUUACGGUGUCUACACCCAUGUCGCUAAUCUUUAUCCCUGGCUUGCCAAAAUUACUGGACUUUAGUCUUUAGACUCUCUCAAUUUGGGUAACUUUGAGUCAUAUAUUGAGACAUAUAUUGAGUAUUAUAUUUCAGUCAUAUAUACUUUGAGAUAAAUAUAUAGUUGUAGUUAUUUGUAAGUUAAAGUAAUAUGUGGAAUAAACUACGAAAAUUAUUGUGA